AUGCAGAUUUGUGCGAUAGAAGCCCUGAACGGUGGUAUAUCUAUCAUAAACGCUAUCGCCAUAACGCACCACCAACAUUCCCAACUCGCUUACACCCAUCCCUCGAAUAUGACUGUAGUCUUAAAUGAUCCUAGUUUGUGGCCGACGAUCAAUUCGAAUUUGGUUUACUCAUGUUGUAUGGUUGCUGCCGGCGUUGUAGUGGUAUACGAUUGGGUGCUGACACUCAGACAAGAGAUUGAACUGAUCUGGAGGCAACCCUGGUCUCUCAUGACCAUGCUGUAUGUGGUUGUUCGUACCUCAUGA